GAAGUGGCUGCCAUGGGGAAAUCUUCCCCGCAUUACAGCUUAUAUAGAGGAAAAUAAGAGGGACGCACAGCUGGCAGGAUCCCCUCACCCGAGGAAGCCACAAGAUCUGAGAGAGUUGCUGACGUGCCCCGGGUUUCAACUUGACGUUUCCUUUCGCAAUAAACUUAUCAGGUCCAAAAGCGUCCAAAGCACCAGGAAAUGAAAUCCUAUCAGAAGUUAGCUGCCGAGGACCCCCAGGCCACAGAGUUGGGGGACGAAGCCACCGAUGAACAGCCCUUGUGUCACCAGAAGUUGUCGGCGUGGUGGAUGGGCGGGGGCCUCCUGAUGGUCGCUGUCUUGCUCAGCGGGGUGACCGUUUGGGUCCUUGGGCAGAUUUGGUGGAGCCAGCACGUAAUAGCCCCUCUUACGAAGUGUGCCUCGGUCCCCGAAAACCUGCGCUUUGACUGUUACCCAGAAAGGGGCACGGUGGUCACGAAAGAACUUUGCGAGAAGCGAGGAUGUUGCUUCGUUGAAACCGACCGGGCCUCGGGCAAUGCGAGGGGGGUCCCGUGGUGCUUUUACCCCCAAGAUUUCCCCAGCUACACCUUGGGGAGCCUGAAUGAAACACAGUUAGGGACGGUGGGCUUCCUGACUAGGCAGACGAAAACUUAUUAUCCGAGGGAUAUCGAGACGCUGCAGCUCUCUGUGGAGUUUGAAACAGAUACCCGGUUGCAUGUCAAAAUCACUGAUGCCACUAGCCCUCGGUAUGAAGUGCCAAUCGAAGUUCCUCAGGUGACCAAGAGAGCGCAGAACCCUGUGUACACCGUGGAGCUCUCCAAGGACCCCUUCGGGUUGAUUGUGAAGCGUCGGACUUCUGGGGCUGUGCUGAUAAACACAACUGUGGCCCCCUUGUUCUUUGCGGAUCAGUUUCUCCAGAUUUCGACUCUCCUGCCUUCCAAAUUCCUGUACGGGCUCGGGGAACAUCAGAGCAACUUCCUCCUCGACCUGGAUUGGAACACUUUAACCUUUUGGGCUCGAGAUAUCCCUCCCACGGAGUCCUGCAACCUCUACGGCGUUCACCCGUUUUACCUGGUCAUGGAAGCCGAUGGAAGCUCCCAUGGAGUUUUCCUUCUGAACAGCAAUGCGAUGGAGGUGGCGUUGCAGCCGACACCUGCUCUCACCUGGAGAACCAUUGGGGGCGUUCUGGAUUUCUACAUCUUUUUGGGACCGGAUCCCAACUUGGUUGUCCAGCAGUACCAGCAAGUGAUUGGGUUUCCAGCCAUGCCGCCGUUUUGGGCACUGGGGUUCCACCUCUGCCGCUGGGGAUACAAAACAAGCAAUGAGACCUGGGAGAUUGUAAAGGCCAUGCGCAAUUAUCAGAUCCCCCAUGACGUCCAGUGGAACGAUAUCGACUACAUGGACAGCUAUCGGGACUUCACCACGGACGCCAAGAACUUCGACACUCUACCCCACCUGGUAGAAGACCUGCACAAACACGGACAGCGCUAUGUGAUGAUUCUGGAUCCCGGGAUUAGCAGCACUAACCCUCCAGGCUCUUAUUGGCCUUAUGACGAAGGCGUGAAGCGUGGAAUAUUCAUCAACACUACCCAAGGGAAACCUCUGAUAGGGAAGGUCUGGCCCGGCCUCACGGCUUUCCCUGACUUCUCCAGCCCGAACGCUCACCAGUGGUGGUUGGAGAACUUGAACCGUUUCCACGCCCUCGUUCCCUUUGACGGCGUUUGGAUCGAUAUGAACGAGCCGUCCGACUUCAUGGAUGGAUCCCAGGAGGGCUGCCCCCAAGGAGAACUGGAUCGCCCACCCUACACACCUGCCGUAGCAGGAGGGUCCCUUUCUGCCAAGACGAUUUGUGCCUCGGCCAGGCAGAGCACCUCCAUCCACUACAACCUGCACAGCCUCUAUGGGCUGAUGGAGGCCAAAGCUACCGCCAGCGCUUUGAUCAAAAUCCGAGGGAAACGGCCUUUCGUCAUCUCGCGCUCCACCUUCCCGAGCCAAGGGAGGUAUUCGGGACACUGGCUCGGAGACAACCGGAGCACCUGGAAGGACAUGUUCUGGUCUAUCCCAGGUUUGCUGAGCUUCAGUCUUUUUGGGGUCCCGCUGAUUGGAGCUGAUAUCUGCGGCUUCUCGGGGUCCACCUCAGAGGAGCUGUGCGUUCGCUGGACGCAGCUGGGCGCCUUCUACCCUUUUGCACGAAACCACAACACCAUGAACGAGAAGGCCCAGGACCCCACCGCGUUCAGCCCUGCGGCACGGACCGCCAUGAAGGAAGCACUGGAGACCCGCUAUGCCCUCUUGCCGUUUCUCUACACCCUUUUCCACCGGGCGCACCUGCAGGGCGACACUGUGGCCCGACCUUUGUUUUUUGAAUUCCCCAAAGAUGGGUCUACCUACUCAAUAGACAAGCAGUUUCUCUGGGGGAGGGGGCUAUUGGUGACCCCGGUUCUGGAUCCUGGCGCAGAUGCCGUGGUUGGCUACUUCCCAAGAGGCACGUGGUACGAUUACUACACGGGCUCGCUGGUGAACAGCAGCGGGGAGAACCUAAAAAUGGCGGCCCCUCUGGACCACGUCAACAUCCACCUCCGUGAGGGGACCAUCCUGCCGACUCAGAAACCAGCAGACUGCACUUCGGUGAGCCGCAACAACCCCCUGCGCCUGAUUGCGGCCUUGUCGCAGAACUCCAACGCCUGGGGAGAUCUUUACUGGGACGACGGCGAGAGCUUGGAUACCUUUGAGAAGGGCGACUAUUCUUAUCUGGUGUUCAACGUCACCCAGAACACCUUCAUUUCCACCGUCCUGCAUUCCAACAUGGAAGCGACUUUAAUCACCGUGGAGGAGUUGACAGUCUAUGGGGUCCAGGAUGAGCCAAAGGCGGUGACCAUCAAUGGGAAAGAGGCACCCUUCUCCUAUUCGGCAAACCAGGUCCUCUCCGUGGCCAACCUGCAGCUGAGCCUCAGCCACGGCUUCUCCAUACGAUGGAUUUGAGGUCUCCCCGGUUGUACGCAUGCACUGUUGUGAACUGCAGGAAUCUGUUGCUCUCUCUGUGCCCGUGGGGAUCGUCCGGCCCAGGUGGCUGUCCCAAAAAGACUUUCUGCGGCUUCCCCUUCCAAGCGGAGGUUCAUUGCCGCCACAAGUCUCGGUCUCGCUUUCGUGCUUUUAACCCUGCAAGCAUCUUUUGCACGUUGCCGACCAUCCCACAAUUCACCCUAAGUGUCCGACGGGGCUUUGUGGUAUCGUCCAGAAGGGAAGAGUCCGUCGCAUUGGCCGGAUUCGAGUUCACAGGAUGUAACACGUUUUUGGGACGCUGACCUUCAGUCGCCAAAUAUUGGUGCCUUCUGCAUUUCAGACGCUGUCGUUUCGUGGCGAAAGGGAAUCGCUCGGCGGGAGGAAGAGGGCUUAGCUGCGUUUGAAGUGUUGGACGCAAACAGACGCAGGGAAUUCCAGUUUAAGGGAUCUCAGGUAGCAAAGCUGGGAGAAGACACAAUGGAAUGUAUCCACUUUUGAGUCCAGGGCAAGACGAUUUGUUGUCGUGACUUAACCCUCUCCGUUUCCCGUGGGUUGUUUAGGGUCCCAGUUGUGAGAACUGGGCUUAAAACCCAACCAGUCUAAAGUCAGAGUUUCUUUGCCAGACUUGUUGAGUCUGUGGGCACCUUUGGAAUUCUGACACAGGGUGUUGGGCGUGGUCCCAAAAUGGUGGCCCCAGGAGGAGGAGCCAACUACAACAUGGUGAUCCCCGGAGGCGGAGCCCACCGCCAAACGCCAGGGAGUGAGGUUACGCAAAACUAUAAUAGCGACGCUUCAGCAGUUCAAAAACAGGAGCUGUUUUUGACAGGAUGCCUUUUAAAACAAAGAGAUGGGUUAAAAAUAUUUUUUCUUGCUUGCGCACAGCUUACCUGCAGCCCACUAUGAAGAUCCAGGUGCAGCCCCACCCAAAGAUAGUUUGCCUUUAAAAAAAAUUAAGUGCCCAACCAAUCAAAUCUCCAGUGGCCAGUCAAGAGCUUUGCUGGGCAAAAGUCCUACCAGCUUGCCGGGGGGGGGGGGGGGGGAGGGGGAUAGCAAUGCCCCAGGGCCCGACCGGUCUGAAGUCUUUGUCAGUCAAAAGGGGACAGCGUAGCAUGGAGCAGAAAUAAUCCCCAAACUACAUCCCAUCUCAAUGCCCCAGACACCUUCUGACCGGAACAGUCUCUUAAUGGCCAAUUUUGCCAAAGAGUGUGGAAAAGCUCAGCCAAGCUAGGCAAAGUUCAAUCCUCCAAUGAGUUUGCUCAGGUGCUCCAGGUGGGGCUCAGGUGUCCUGGAAGGUCCCGUUCAGCAAGGCCCAAAUCGACAGCCACACGCCAGCCCAGAUACAAAGUCUCAAAACAAUUCUUUGAUAUAAACAAGAACCGUUUCAAAAUCCCCUUUACAUAAAGCUGGGAAAAACUGCCUUGUGAAACACCCCGCAUAGAAUCUCUGUCCUUACCUCUGGGGCUGCGUGUUGGCAGCCAAUUUGGCCUCUGUGUGAAUGUCUACCACGAUUUAAAACGCUCAGGAAAUAAAAGGAGAAAAACCUUUGACUGCACUAUUUUUGUAUGGUCGCCCCGUCCCCUUUAUGCACAAACCCGAAUUCUCCCCGCUUCGCGUCGUCUGUCAGUAGAACCAGCCGCUUCUCGAUAUUGUGUAUGGCGGGGUGGGGAGUAUAUUCUAAUUGAUGCAGAGGUUUGGAAAGCAAAUCGAAAUGAGAAAUGAUCCGAUUCCUUAGCGUUGCCAGCUCUGAGUUUGGAAACGCCUGGAGAUUUCAAUGCACAUGUAAUUGCCUUUCACUGAAUCCAAUCGCUGGUCCUUGAAAGUCAGUAUUGCCUACUCUGGCUGGCAGCUGCUCUCCCGGGUCGCAGGUGGGAGGACUCACUUCCUGCUUGGUCCUUUAAUGGGAGAUGCCAGGGAAGGAACAUGGAACCACAGCCGUUCCCCAGUUUGGGAGGGGAACUUGUGGGAGUCUAUGGUAUACCAUAGAGUUUGCCCUCUGAAGCAGACAAUCUUCCAUCUCUGUAGUUUGAAGAUCUGUGGUAUUUCUGGGAGAACUAGAGGGCCCAACUAGAGGUUGGUGGCCCUAGUUCAGAUGUUCUUGAGUCCUCUACUAAUUAAACUUUUAUUUUUAAAAUGUCCAAUUCCUCCCAAACUUGGGCCCACUCCUGUAGCAGGCUGCAGCGUUAUGAUGCCUCUCUAGAAUAUAUUCUUUGCACUGGGAUUUCAGCUCUUUGGUGUAAGAGCCGAGAUCUACCUAAUCUAGGUUUCUGUUUGCAUUGGUGGGCAGCCCUUUGUAGCCCCACCAACAGGGCAUGAUAACAAUAGGAUGGACUAGUGUCCAGUGGUUAGUGCACUCUGCAACAGAGGUCCCAAUCUCAGUGCCCGGCAUCUCCAACUCAAGGGUCACAGGUCCUGGGAAAGAACUUGUCCAUUUUCUUUCUGCCUCUACAAGGUAAAUUGCACAUGCAUGCAUGUGCCACAAUUUGCAUUGGGGCCAUGCAGAGAGGGGAACUUAACCCUUCAGUUGCUGUGACCCAUCUUUCCCGCAUGACAUAUUCAUAAUUUUCAAAUCUGUAGUCAGGAGGCAGAGAUGGGUCUGGAUGUGGAUAUCUCUGCACACUAGAAAUAUAAUCAGGAACCCAGGGGGUUGGCUGUUGUGGGUUUUCCGGGCUGCGUGGUCGUGGUCUGGUCGUUUUUGCUCCUAACUGUAGCUGACAUUUGUAGAGGUAUGCCACGGGAAGAUGUGUUUCUCUCCAUGGUACACUUACACAUCUUGCCAUGACAUGCCUCUGAAAAUGCCAGCCACAGACGCAGGUGAAACGUUAGGAGCAAAAUAUACCAGACCACGGUCAAACAGCCUGGAAAACCUACAGCAGACGGUAUCACCUAAAGUCUGGUAACCGUAAAAGUGACAGGGGUUUAGGAAAGAGCUUUGGAGACACUGGAUUUCUUAUCAAUACACCUUGCUAGAUUGUUUCUUUUUCUGUACAGAUUCUGUGCCAAUAAAUAAAAUACAAAAGUUGAAACCAAAA